AUGUCACUAUCAAAUUAUACAGACAGCGAGAUCAAUGAACCAUGGUCAACCCCAUCUGCUGGGGCACUUCCUGAACCUACGGUAGAAUCAGCAUUAGAAAAAGAAAAAGUAAUCAAAGAUAUCCUUUCUCUCCGAGAUGGUUUGCGUGGAUUGUUAGUGAGGAUCACGGAGGUAGAAACGGAUAAUGAGAAAUUGAAUAAAGACAAUGAAAUGCUCAGUGUAUAUAUUGAUAAUCUAACAAGAAACUCAGUAGUCGCUGCUGGAGCCAAACGAUAA